CUCUGCGGUCGCCGCGGAGCUCCACGAGUAGAACGGCGGAGGCUGCCUCGGGCGGGACGGGGGGCUGCGGCCACUCUGCAGAAUGGAGAUAAUCAGGAGCAAUUUUAAGAGUAAUCUUCACAAAGUGUACCAGGCCAUAGAGGAGGCCGACUUCUUCGCCAUCGAUGGGGAGUUUUCAGGAAUCAGUGAUGGACCUUCAGUCUCUGCCUUAACAAAUGGUUUUGACACUCCGGAAGAAAGGUAUCAGAAGCUUAAAAAACAUUCCAUGGACUUUUUGCUGUUUCAGUUUGGCCUUUGCACUUUUAAGUAUGACUACACAGAUUCAAAGUAUAUAACAAAGUCAUUUAACUUCUAUGUUUUCCCGAAACCCUUCAAUAGAUCCUCACCAGAUGUCAAAUUUGUUUGUCAGAGCUCAAGCAUUGACUUUCUAGCAAGCCAAGGAUUUGAUUUUAAUAAAGUUUUUCGCAAUGGAAUUCCAUAUUUAAAUCAGGAAGAAGAAAGACAGUUAAGAGAGCAGUAUGAUGAAAAACGUUUACAGUCCAAUGGUGCAGGAGCUCUAUCGUAUGUAUCUCCUAAUGCUUCAAAAUGUCCCAUAACAAUUCCUGAGGAUCAGAAGAAGUUUAUUGACCAAGUAGUAGAGAAAAUAGAAGAUUUAUUACAAAGUGAAGAAGACAAGAACUUGGAUUUAGAGCCAUGUACUGGGUUCCAAAGAAAACUAAUUUAUCAGACUUUGAGCUGGAAGUACCCCAAAGGCAUUCAUGUUGAGACUUUAGAAACUGAAAAGAAAGAGCGAUAUAUUGUUAUCAGCAAAGUAGAUGAAGAAGAACGCAAAAGAAGAGAACAGGAGAAACACGCUAAAGAACAGGAAGAACUGAAUGAUGCUGUGGGAUUUUCUAGAGUCAUUCAUGCCAUUGCUAAUUCGGGAAAACUUGUUAUUGGACACAAUAUGCUCUUGGAUGUCAUGCACACAGUUCAUCAGUUCUACUGCCCUCUGCCUGCGGACUUAAAUGAGUUUAAGGAGAUGACAACAUGUGUUUUCCCCAGACUUUUGGAUACUAAAUUGAUGGCCAGCACACAACCUUUUAAGGAUAUCAUUAACAACACAUCCCUUGCGGAAUUGGAAAAGCGGUUAAAAGAGACACCUUUCAACCCUCCUAAAGUUGAAAGUGCAGAAGGUUUUCCAAGUUAUGACACAGCUUCUGAACAGCUCCACGAGGCAGGCUAUGAUGCUUAUAUCACAGGACUGUGUUUCAUCUCCAUGGCAAACUACUUAGGUUCUUUUCUUAGUCCUCCAAAAAUUCAUGUGUCUGCCAGAUCAAAACUCAUUGAACCUUUUUUUAACAAGUUAUUUCUUAUGAGAGUCAUGGAUAUCCCCUAUCUAAACUUGGAAGGCCCAGACUUGCAACCUAAACGCGAUCACGUUCUCCACGUGACAUUCCCCAAAGAAUGGAAAACCAGCGACCUUUACCAGCUUUUUAGUGCCUUUGGUAACAUUCAGAUAUCCUGGAUUGAUGACACAUCAGCAUUUGUUUCUCUCAGCCAGCCUGAACAAGUACGAAUUGCUGUCAAUACCAGCAAAUAUGCAGAAAGCUAUCGGAUCCAGACCUAUGCUGAGUAUGUGGGAAAAAAGCAUGAGGAGAAGCAGAUCAAGAGAAAGUGGACAGAAGAUAGUUGGAAGGAGGUUGAGAGAAAGCGGUUAAACACGCAGUGCGUAUCCUAUGCUCUGCAUAACCACUAUCACCACACCAAUAGUCUCACAGCUACCAGCGCAGGAGGAAAGAGAAAUCUGAGUCCCAGUCAAGCAGAAGCUGGCUUGGAGGCCAGAGUAUCGGGGGAGACUUCUGAUGCUGAGCUUGAGCAGACAGAUUCCUGUGCAGAAGCCCUCUCAGAGGGAAGGAAGAAGGCCAAGAAAUUAAAAAGAAUGAAGAAAGACCUUUCUCCAGCAGGAAGCAUCUCAGACAGCUCUGCCAAGCUCUUUGAAGUCCCUGACACGUGGUAACCCAGACCCGAGGGAAACAAAUUGCUGGUACUGUCGCGGAGGAAGAAUCAGCCAGCACAUUUGGAAGCCAUACUGUAUUUAAUUUAAUAAAUGUGGUAUGGGAGGGGUUUGAAACCAAGUAUGUCUCCUGAAAAAACGCAGUUUUUAUUUUUGCAGCUGUGUUUCAUUUCUUCCUUUUUAAUGUAAACUGUCUGCUGACACUCAGCACGGUUGUAGGCUGUCGUGAAUGUGUACACUGUUAACCAGUUAAUUAUUUGUUGCUUGUGUGAAACUCUUCCUGUCAUGAGUUACUGUGUUUAGGAAUCCAUCUGAUAGGGAAUGUCACCUGGGAAAUAUGCAAAAAGGGCCAACAUUGUUGGAUGCUGUGAUCAUGAAUUUGGGAUUGAACUCUUCUCAUCUGUCUUCUCAUGCUCAGAUCUUGGGGCAGCCACAGGACGUGGUUCCAGUCUCCCAGUGGACAGAUCAGCUGUGUCUGCCUGCUUCCCACCGUAGCUGCCUGAAAAUGUGAAGCUCUCAAGCUUGUUUUUCCAGUAGGAAAAUGUCUACUGACAUCAGCCAUAGAGGAGCUUAACAUAUGCUUUGGCCUUUGGGGCAUCUAUAUUUAUUUAGAGUUAUUUUUCCUAAGAUGUGAGUUUCUCACAGCAGAGCGUCUGAGUAAAAAAAAGUUAAUUUCUGUUGUGUAUGCAGUGCUGUGCUCACUUUUCAGUCUCUUAGCCUGGUCGUCUUCUCUGUUUGUUUGGGUGGCAGUCUGCGUUUGGGUGGCAUGUGUGCGUCCAUGUGCGUGCGUGUGUGUGUGUGAAAUCAUGACAAAUCUACAUGUACCAGCCCUUUCUCUGUUGAAACAGAUCACAACAGCGACCGAAUUUCGUGGAUCUGCUUCAGUAGAUCUGCUUCAUAUAGAUCAUUGUUAGAUAUUUAACAUUUUUGUAUCACGGAAAUAAAAAUGAAAAAUGUAUUUCCAAAGGAUGAAAAUUAAAGAAAUUUUCAUAGGA